ACAUAACGACGAUAACCUCUUUCUUUUCUCUACCCCUGCUUUGCUUUGGCUUUCUGCUAGUGUUUCUGCUUCUUCAACACUUUAACAAAUCAAGUAGUUUAUUAAUUUAAACCGGUAGGAUUCAAUUGCCACUAAUAAAAAUGAAACGACGUGUUAUGAAUACAAAUCAUAACAUAAAGGGUGAAAUUUUACCUGAAGUUGUUCUAGUGGAGAGGAGUGAACAACCAUUAGGACAAGCUUUAGUCAACAGCUACGCUGUUCAUAAAAGUUCAUCCAUAGACCUCCUAGAACUAGCCAAAGAAAUUCAAAAAGCGGACAGCUUUGUGCAAGCAACAACAUGCAACAAGUUGAAAGUGAUUGCAGAACAGAUGAAAUUUUUGAAGCAGCAAGCAGAAUCUGUCUUGUUGGAAGCUAAACGAGACGACCAUCUACACCAUGUUGCUUGUAAUUUCCAAAAAGUGCCUGGAAAAGUGUAUCACCUUUACAAGAGAGAUUCUGGGCAGCAGUUUUUUUCAAUUAUUUCUCCUGAGGAAUGGGGAUCUUCACUACCUCAUGAGCACCAAGGUUCUUAUCGCCUGGAACACGACAUGUCAUGGACCCCUGCGGAGAAACUUCACUCGACAGAAACCAGAGACAAUAUGUUUCUAUUGAAACAGGUGCUGCAUUUAGAAAACAAAGUGUCCAAAGAUAUUCAGUCCGAACAAAUGAUGAUAGACUUUGAAUGAAUGAGGUCAUCUUUUGUACAGUAUGACCUAAGAGAAUUUAUUUCACAUUACAGUUUUAUCGUUAAUACUUUUUCCUUUAGAACACUUUUCCGUACAAACGUUGAUUGUCUUUGAGUUUUUUCCAAGCAUAUUAGAGUUUAAUAAUUGGAUGUUUGGAAAAUAAACAGCCAUAGGAAGAUUUUAAUAUAUUUAGUUUAUGGUUUUUUAUAAAAAAUAGAACUACUGUAUUAGGCCUAAGUGGUUUCCCAUCCAAACCACAAUGUAUUGAAAACCAAAACACCUAUUUUGUGUCAAAGUAGGUACUUUAAAAGAUGCAAAUUAUGAAAUGUUGGGUCCCUAUUUUUAUAAAUACAUGGGGAACUAAAUGAAACAUCUAAAAUAGCCAUUUAUUUCUAAAUGUCAUAGAAAAAAAAAAAAAAAAUAGGAACCUUGGUAAGAGUAACCUAAUUUUUAGGAUCCAGCUUAAGUCAUGAAUAUGAUAGAAGAGCAGUUACAAAAUCACUCAUUGAUGUAUGUGUUGACAAUGACUGUAACUGCCUUUACAGAUAAACUUCAAAACAUUACAGUACAGCAAACACAUCAAACUAACAAAUCACUCAUUAUUGAUAAUUUUGUACAUCUAAAUACACAGUCUAAAGUCUAAACAGAUAAAAAUCAUGUAUCCCCAGAGCGUGUCUUAACCGUUUUUACAUUGAGGUUUGACACUGAAGGGUUGAAGAAGGCUACCAUGUCAUAACUUACAAAUGUGCGUUUCAUAUUUUUAAACUGGAUAAAAUAAACAGAAUGUUGUGAAUUGUAUUAUUUUUCCUCCUCAAUGUAUGGAAAUGGUCACAUUGCCACACCUGUAAACAGUACGGUACGUAAAAUGGCUCAUUUCCACUUGAUUUAUUCUUCCCGCUCGCAACCUUUAUUCAUUCUCAAAACCUCACAACCUGAAACUGUAUAAUUAAGGUUAGGGUCCUAUUGUAAUAUACCUGAUGUUUUUAUUGUGAUAUUUGUUUGAUUUAGGAAUAUUAAAAUUUAUUUUAUUUA